AUGGGUUGCAUGGUUUUAAGAGUCCGACUGGAUGCUUUUGAAACGGCGGCGAGAGCUGAAGGCGGACUCUCUUUGGAUGGAGGCAAUGCCGCUGACACUAAAGAGUUGGAGGAGGACGCCGCCGGGAGAAGCAAAUACCACCACAGUGUCUGUGUACUCAAGCCCAUCCGCUCCACCAGCAAGUAUCAGCAUCCAGUGGACAACGCCGGCCUGUUCUCUUUUAUGACAUUUAACUGGUUGACCUCGCUGGCCGUGCUGGCCCAUAAGAAGGGUCAGCUGUUUUUGGAGGACAUAUGGGCCGUUUCGCAGUUUGAGAGCUGCGAGACCAAUCGUCGAAGACUGGCGGGACUGUGGGAAGAAGAAAUCAGGUCACGAGGAGACGACGCGUCUCUUCGUCGUGUGGUCUGGCAUUUUUGCCGCACGCGUCUGCUGCUGUCCAUCCUCUGCCUUAUGGUUACUCAACUGGCAGGCUUCAGUGGCCCACAACUCCCUGUAGAACAUCUCCUUGAAGAGAUACCUGUCCUUGCUCUGAUGACGGAGCUCGGGGGUGGUUUGUAAAGGCAGGUGGGUGUCUUUCGGGGGUGGGACAUUGGAGUUAAGGGGACAGAGGUCGCUGGGUCCCUAUGUGUGCGACAUGUGACAGAGGCUAUUCUUUAGACUCCACAGGGUGUCCUGCGGGGAGAGCACACGGCAGGCAGAGCCGGUGAGGAUUCCUGGGAGGUAAGGGCAUGUUUUUUACGCAGGGCUGGAUCAAGAGUUAAUGCUGUUUGCUGCCCUCUCUCUCUCUCUCUCUUUCUGUCUCUUCCCCCUCUCUCAUUUGAUCUCUGUAAUUAUCUCAUGUGUGUUUUGAAAUGAUCCGGCGGAGAUUAAAACGGGUGAUUGUGCAAUGUCUGAUUUCGGGAUCUUGUGCCAAUGGACAAUUGAUUCAGACUCCUUCAGAUUUGCUCAUUGGAAAAAAACGGACUCUUGUGGGGUUUUUAUAUUUGCUGGGGUUUCUUGUUUUGGACAUUCUCUCUCAGAUUCAGGCCAUUUUCAGACCCCACACCUCUUGUCCUCAAGUGUGUUGGAUUUUUGAGCAUUCUCAUGGACAUCUUUUUGGGCAAAUGUGUGGUGUAAAUGGGUCUCGUAAGAUGUGCGUCAUUCAGGGAGGGAUCGCUGCCCCACUAACCUUGAUUAAAAAAUAAUUGGGACAGCUUUUAAGCGAUGACAACUCGCGAACGGACUCUGAAAGAACUAGAUGUGUGUUUUUUUUUCAUUUUGAUUUUGAACUCACAGUGAAACUGUCCUUUUUUUGUGUGUGUUUUUUCUCUUCAAGUGUUGAUCAAUGUUUUUCUUCCUGCUCAAAUGGCUUUGUACAUUGCUGAAUGUUUCAACUCUCAAAAGGUCAAAGGUUUUCCUUAAUAAAAUCGAGCAGCUGUGUUGAACCACA